AUGCCUCCGCCACCGGAUCAACCACAUCAGGCCUCUUCGACCCAAAGAGGGCGGCCUCGACAGCGUUCCGCUGUUGCUUGUACUUGGUGUCAUUCCCGGCGUGUCAAAUGCAAUGCUGCAGCGAAGGGAACGCCUUGUUCCAAUUGCGAGGCAGGAAACCGCCACUGUAUGCUGAUUGAGAGCAAGAGAGGCAAGAAAAGAAAAGCUUCCUCAUCUCCUUCGGCAUUACACAAUGACCUCUCCAAUAUUCCGGAAAUUUCGUCCGGAAGAAGUGGAACACCGCUGCACGGCAAUGUCUAUGACCCUCUGAGAGAUUCGGGGGCGCGACCAAAAGACGCUCACGCUGGUGUCUCAACGGGGGCACCCCAUUCUUCUUGUGAACACGACAAGCCCGAAUUUGUGCAAGAAUCACAAGAAACACUGUACGCCCAAGUGCUCGAUAAAGCCACCAAUGCAGGCGUACUUCCCGACGUCAAGGAGGGCGUCGUUCAUGUGAUGUACAUGGGCGAGACUUUCAAUCUGACCCAUUUGUUACGACAGACCGAUCCUGACUCAGCUCGAUCGACCCGUAAAAGACAUUAUCUGGUUCGUUUCAAUCCAAUGAACCGCGCGACCAAUCCCAUCGAAGAAGACGACAGUGCUCUCGCGUCCUUUCUUCAACAGCAAGGCGCCUUUACUGUCCCUGAUGUCCGCACUUGCUACCAGCUCUUUCGCACCUACUUCGAUUUUGUCCAUCCCCAUUAUCCCAUUCUCGAUCGUGCAGAGUUUGCUGCCCAACAUGCUAAUCCCGCGAAUCCCCCUUCGUAUCUUCUCCUUCAAUCCGUCUUGUUCAUGGCCUCGGGGCACUGUGAGCUGUCCGUCCUACAUGACGCGGGGUUUGAAUCCCGGUAUCAUGCUCGGAAGACAUUCUUUCAGCGAGCGAAAGCUCUGUACGACAACGAUCACGAGCCGAAUAAGGUUACGGUUGUCCAAUCCGUCUUUCUGAUCAGCUUCUGGUGGAGCGGACCCACAGAUCAGAAGGAUACAUGGCAUUGGCUGGGUAUCGCCAUCAGUCUAGCCUUGACACUUGGAAUGCAUCGUUCCACUCGACAUUCGGACAUGAAGCAAAAGGACCGGUGCUUGUGGAAAAAGAUAUGGUGGUCGCUUUUUGCCGAAGACAAACAUGCUGCCACAGCCUUGGGAAGACCAGUUCACAUCCGGCAGGCCGACUGUGACGUCGAGCCACUCGAGAGAGCAGAUUUUGAGGAGCCGCCCGUCUCGAGGCCUGAUAUUUUCGGCAGGCCAGAGAUCGUCGAUGGCCUCUAUGUCAUCGCCUUGGUCGAGCUAUCCACUAUUGCGGAAGGCAUCGUCCAGAGAUCCUUCACUGCCUUCAAUUCGACAACGUCCUGCAAUUCUGACAUGUUUCAAUCUUGUUCGGAGGCCCUCGAGCAGUGGAAAGCUCGACUUCCUCCAGAGCUCUGCAUUGAGAAUACCAGUACGUGCCUCUGGACCAGUAUGUUACACAUCGCCCACAGCUGGUUUGAGAUAGUAACUCACCGAUCUAUCGCACCACAAAACCUGUCACCUCCUUCGGUGAAGACGGCCCACACACUCGCAAUGGACGCCGCCAAUCGAAUGGUUCGGAUAGUGGAAGAGCUUUUAUCGCGCUCUCAUAUCCUGCAUUGUCCAAUCCAUAUCGUUCCAGCUCUGUUUGCCGCCAUGGGAAUGCAAGCUGUUGAUAUCUGCUCUGGGCAGUCCAUCUUGGAGCAACUUGGCGUUGUCAAGGUCCGGUUAGCCAUGAUCGCUUUGCGUGAACUUCAGAGUACUUGGCCGGUCAGUGGGUGGAUCUUCCGCCUCUUUGCCAAAAUUGUCCGCAGGAUUCGGAAUGGAGAUGAACUUCUCCCCAACGAGCCCGUCAAUUCUUCACCGAUCCAAACCAAAAUUCCGGUCAACGAAGGUCAGGCUCCUUCCCAGGGUCAAAUUAUAGACCCGCCGCCCUUGGUCCACGCCAAGUCUCAAUACCAGGAUCCAAGCCUGUCUCAGAUCUAUGCCGUGUCUCAUCAUCCUGCUGGAAGAUAUCUCUUCCCCGAAGCAUCAAAUAUGGCAAUGCCAGUGAGCUACCCUGCAGACUGGCAGACAAUUCUUGAUGACGGAGCCUGGGCAGACCUUGAAUAUGAAUUCUGA